UACAAUUUAUAAUAUAAUCUUGUUUACAAAUGGAAAGGAAAUCUAAUGUGAAGAUAAGAAGUGAAAUGUAUUUAUUUCAGUGUUCAUGCGAAAUGAACGACAGAAUAGCAUCGGCAAAUUAAACAUGAACCGCUAGGUCACGGACAGUGUGUCACAAAGGUCGUAAAAAGGAGAUACAUAUAAAGAAUUAUGCCUUAUCAAAUAGGCCAGUCAUGGCAACAUUAUGACGUACAGCAAUAUAAAAGCCUCUAGGCCUAAUGGUCUUCACAUUGCAAAACUGAAAUUCCAAAUCUACGGAACAAGAUGAAAGUCGUACUCUUCAUCUGUGCAGCACUAUGUGUUCUAAGCAUCUAUGCUGAAGACUGUCCCACCAACAACGUUCAACAGGAGUGUACGCACUUGACGUGUUCAGCUGGCUAUACGUUAGCAUGUGUAAACAAUGUUUGUACUUGCAACCCGGACCAGAAUAGUUACUGUACCACCCAACAAGACUGUCUCAGUAAUUCAAACCUACCGACCUGCCACAGAGGAUGGCAUUGUGUCGAUAAUGCUUGUCGAUGUGGUGGAAACUGGGGCAAAUAAUGUUACUACAGUUAUUGCUUUCAAAAGAAAAAAAUGUAUUGAAGCUAUUACAAUAAAACUAUUGUGUGAAUUACA